UUAUUGCAACGUUGCAGUUUUAUUUGAUUCGGUUUUUUUUUUUUUUGUAGUUUAGUUCUAUAUAUAUUUUGUUGUAUCUUAUAUAACGCACAAUGGGCGGUUUCUAUGAGCUGGAGAAGACCGCUGAGGAGCCGCUGCUGAGCUUCAAGGAGCUGCGUAAGCGCGGCCAGCUGAGCAAGCAGACAAUGAAGCGCUCACUGCGCCACAUUACCUAUGAAUAUCGCACCAUGUGGCGCCUCCAGGCCCCCUAUCCCUAUUGCACCAAUGCGGCACGCAAUAUUUACAAUUCACCCGAACAUAUGACGCUGCUCCUGGAGGGCAACCUAUUGACAUUCGAGGAGCUUGUCGUGGCCACCAAUGUGCAUCCAAUUGACUUGGAGAAGAGUCUGCGCCACAUUGUUGAGCAUUACUAUCCACAGUGGUUAACCUAAUUAAAGCGACAGCAGCGCGUCUUUGCUUUUAAAUUCAACUCAAUCAGAAUCGAAGCAACAACAGUCAACAACAAUUUUUUCAUAUUUUCAAUUUCAAUUUCAAGCGCAUGCUGCUGUUUGGGUUUGCAGUUUAGAGCUAGAGAUGGGCAAAAAAUAAUCGGCAAGCGGCCUAAUUCAAAAUUGAAGAAAGCGAAAAAAAUAUAAAAGGCAAGGGCAAGCAAAAAAUGAAUAGAAAGCAAGUAGAAGGAUGCCCCAGAUACAAGAUAUAUAUACAACAAAUUUCUUUACGUUUUUUU